CAAUCACUGAAAUCUCCCUGAGGUUCGAUUCUCCCCCAUCUCCUCUCCUCUCCUCUCCUCUCCCCCUCCGCAUCUCCCCAAUCCAUUCGAUUCCCCCAUUCUCUCUCUAGACCUCUCCCUCUCUCUCUCUCUCUCUCUCUCUCUCUAGAGCUUCUCUCUCCUCUCCGCACCUGGUUUUUGCCGCGUAUCCCCGCUCCGCGAUCGAGGAAUUCGUCGCAGCAUUUGUCCGCCCUUCUCGAUCGCCUGCGGCGACGGCGGCGGCGGCGGCGGCGGCGGCGGGGACGGGUCGCCGGAUCUCUUUCCGAUGGUGGAACGCGUCGGGUGCUCGCGGAGCUGAUGGUCGAGGGAGGGAGCGCUCUUCUUUCUUUUGGCGGCGGCCGAGGUUCGAUGCCGAUGUGGUGACGUCGGAGGCGAUCGAGGAUUUCGUCGAUUUCUCGCUGCUUUUUCCGGUGCCGGAGUGAAUCGAUGGUUGCUCGUAUUGCGUAUUCCGCCGCCGUCUCGUCGCAGAAGCCUGUAUUGAACCGAUUCGAGCUUAGACUGUUGAUUUCCUUGAUUGAGCAGUCCGGGCGAGCUGUUAUGGAGAGGUAAGGUAGCUGCGGUUUUCGGUAGGAGGGAGCGAGGUGAGGAUAUAAGGUGCUUUUCUUCGAUCGUUUGAUGACUCGAGGUCGGAGUCGGCUCGGCAUACGGAGUUUCUCGAAUCGGGAGAAAUAAGCUUUGAGUGAUCUUGAUCGGGAUCGGGGUGCUUCUCUCUGUGUUCUCCGUAGUUCAGAAGAGAUGGAAGGAGAGAAAUGCUUUGUGGCGUGGAGCAAUGACCUGGAGGCCGGGAAUCGGACGGACCGCGAACGUUUCGGGAAAUCGGGUGAACCGAAGCUCGAAGAGAGUGGAAAUGGAGAUUUUGUCGACGGGAGCGGGGAUCUCUGUCUGGAAGACAGCGAGGGGCCUAACGCUCUGCUCGACGGAUGGUUCCCGUGUGAGCAAGGAUGCGAGGACAUCGUCGUGUUGCCCUUGCAGCUCCAGAAAGCUCAAGUCCAGAGUCGGCGCGGCGGAUUCGGGACUCUCGAAGAAGGAGAAGUAUGGGCCGGACAAGAAAUUGAGUCGGCAAGACAGGAUCGAGCUGUGCAGGCUGUUUCAGGGAGCGGUGAGCUCGCACGAUUGGGAAUUCGCCGAGAGUUUGAUACUGUUGGCUGAUCCCCCGACGCUUAAUGAUACUCUAUGUAUUGCUUUGGAUUCCAUAUGGUUCUUGAGCACGCAUCAAGAGUUGCAUGGGAUCACCGGAUUAAUAAAGAAAAUCAUUGCUAAUGGUGCUUAUGACUUCACGAGAGCGGCUCUUAGGACUUCGUUUCUGGCUUCCUGUGUCUCGGCUUGCCAAAGUCGGACAAUGAGUUUGGCAGAUACAGUAACUAUGAUGGCCCAAAGGUUGCACGAGCGUCUCCAGGAGUGUAAUGGUGAUGAGGUUUUGAAGGCGGAGGCUGGUGCGAAGGUCCAAAAAUUCUCUGAAUGGGCAUUGAAGUGUAUAGGAUUGCAUUCCCGGUGCCAAGGAAAUAGAGAUAGGAUCAACCACAGCUCAGCUGUUGAAAUUCAACUCCAGCUUUCUGCAUUUAAGACAUUCCUGGAUCUUGCUGGUAAUCAUCUUACAGGGAAGGACUUCACAGAGGCUUUUGACGCAGCUUGCUUUCCUCUUACUCUUUUCUCUAGUACAUUUGAUCCUGGUUGGGCAUCUGGUAUAGCAGCAACUGCCAUCCAAGGGUUGCUGGGCAUGCUUGUCGAGGGGGGUGCUGACAAUGUUAACCAGUGUUUUCUUGAAGCUUCACGGUUUGGAAGUACAGAACUCGUGCGCAUUCUGUUACAGAUUGCUCAGAGGAACAGCUUGGAUGUUGAUGUCGACUUGGCUUUGGGUUUUGCUUCUCACUAUUGCAAGAUCAGGACAAUGGAGUGUCUAGUUGAAGAGGGGAAUGCAAUGGCCUUCCUGGGUCCUUUGUUGAGGGCAGCUGAGAGGGGUUGUCUGGAGGUUGUGCAGUGGUUUGUGAGGAGGGGCUGUCGAGACAUGGAGCUUUGCCUUGCCCUAACUGCUGCAACAGCUAGCAGCCAAGUGGAAGUCGCUGCGUAUCUCCUUCCUCAUGUUCCUCAACACAACCUCACCGCUCUCAGUGUCGAAAUUCUUAAAGCCGCCGGUGAACGAAGUGGCGGUUCUCUGGAUGGUGUAGCUUUUCUUCUGCGAUCGGAUUUUCUUGGUGAUCCGGUUGCAACUUACGCUGUCGCUGACAGCAUUGCUAGGUCAGAAGAUGAGUCGAUAGACCCUGUACUGCGGGCUUUUCUUCAAGAGCACUGGUCGGAGGCUGCAUUUUUUGAUGGGCUGAGGCAAGGCCAAAUGCAUUACAUGAAUUUCAUGAGGAUACUGAAGCGCGGUGAGUCUCCAUUAUGCUUGAUGGAUAUUCCCGGACCUCUGAGGGCUGCAAUAGCCUAUCUGCCAUUGUACAGGGAGUGCACUGACGCAGGUGGCUGCUUGCUGUCCCAAAGGCUCAGGGGACAGCUUGUUGAGGCUGUGAGAAGGCUCGAGAACGCAGCCUUAGAGCCAGUGCGCCCUUGCAGAGAGCUCUUGUCUAUUUUGGAGCAUCACCUUCCUCGAUUUUUGCUCGGCGUCCCAAACGUUGCCUAGCAAGAGUUUUCCUUGCGGGCAUCCUUUUUUCUCCAUGCUUUUUACUUCUCUCUAUCCCUCUAUAUUUCCUAUGAAUCGCCGAUAAUAAUUGCAUGAAAGUGGGUUGAAGGUGAGAAAAUCUUCGAAGGUAGAUGAGAUUUUCAUUGAUGUGUCGCCUUGCUGGCUAAAAGCUGUAGCGCCUGUCGGCUUAAAUCUGCCGCAUCAUCCUCAUGCCGCCUUGUGGAGAGUAUGGGUAUUGAUCUUGAUAUGUAAGAAGACAGAGCAACCUUGGAUGUGCAUAUUUUGUUGGCAAGCUCCAUAGUCGUAUUGUAAUACUCGUGGCCGGCUUCAUACUUUUCCUGAGAUCCCUUUUUUUUUGGGGUCAGGUUGGCUUCUCUUGGGGGAAAAGAAGGUUAGGUACGGAUCUUAUAUUGUCUUAAAUGUGGAAAGCGACUUGUAUGCUGUAAUGCUACGUCGGUCCAGUUAAUGCUUCCGUCUCAA